AUGAUGUUGUCUAGAACAGGUUUUGCUCCAUUAAACAGAUCUCUUGGUCUAGUUUCUCGUAGGACGUUCCAAAGCUCUGCAAAAAGAUGUCUAACUAUUCCAUUCUUACCUGUCCUACCUCAAAAACCAGGUGGUGUUGUUGGUACACCAAAUGACCCAUAUGUUCCACCUCCAGUCUCGAAGAUGGAAGGACCAAUUCACUGGUGGAUAGAAAAAACAUUUGCUGUUGCUACUUUACCAUUGGCUGCCACUGCAUUAAUUGCAGGCCCAUUAUCGACUACAUAUGAUUCUGUAUUUUCUGUAGCAUUACUAGGUUAUUGUUACAUGGAAUUCCACUCUUGUAUCACAGAUUAUAUCCCAAAGAGAGUUUACGGUAAAUUCCAUAAUUAUGCGUUAUAUUUGUUAGGAGGUGGUUCCUUAAUCUCAUUGUUAGGUAUCUAUAAAUUAGAAAGUGAAGGUGAAGGUAUUACAGGUUUAAUCCAUUCUCUAUGGACUGGGAAGACUACUUCUAAAGAAGUUACUGAAUCAUCUAAAUAG